ACAGCUUGACUCAGUCAGUGUGUGACUGGCACCCGUGAGACAUGAGGUGGUUACUGUUCUUGGGGGCCCUUGUUGGGUCAGGCAUCUGUGGCCGAGAUAAAUUCUUUGGGGACCAAGUUUUUAGGAUUAAUGUCAGAAAUGGAGACGAGAUCAGAAAACUGACUCAGCUAGUGAAUUCGGACCACUUUAAGCUCAAUGUCUGGAAAUCUCCCUCCACUUUUGAUCGGCCGGUGGAUAUCCUUGUCCCCUCGGUCAGCCUGCUGCCAGUCAAGUCCUUCCUGAAGUCUCAGGGCUUAGACUACUCAGUGACAAUUGAAGACCUACAGGCCCUUUUAGAUAACGAAGAUGAAGAAAUGCAGCACAGUGAAGGGCAAGAGCAGAGUGGCGAUAGCUUCAACUACGGAUCUUACCAUUCCUUGGAAGCUAUUUACCACGAGAUGGACAGUAUCGCCACAGACUUCCCUGACCUGGCGAGCCGAGUGAAGAUUGGAGAGACAUUUGAAAAGAGACCCAUGUAUGUUCUGAAGUUCAGCACGGGAGGAGGCAAGAAGAGACCCGCCAUUUGGCUGAAUGCAGGCAUCCAUUCCCGUGAGUGGAUCUCACAGGCCACGGCUAUCUGGACGGCGAGGAAGAUUGUGACUGAUUACCAAAAGGAUCCAGCUGUCACCUCCAUCUUGGAGAAAGUGGAUAUUUUCUUGCUGCCUGUGGCCAAUCCUGAUGGAUAUGUGUAUACGCAAACCCAAAACCGAUUAUGGAGGAAGACACGGUCCCGGAACCCAGGAAGCCGCUGCAUUGGUGCUGAUCCAAACAGAAACUGGAACGCAAGCUUCGCAGGAGAAGGAGCCAGUGAUAACCCUUGCUCUGAAGUGUACCAUGGCUCCCACCCCAAUUCUGAAGUGGAGGUGAAGUCAGUGGUGGAUUUUAUUCAGAAGCAUGGGGAUUUCAAAUGCUUCAUUGACCUGCAUAGCUACUCACAGCUGCUGAUGUAUCCCUAUGGGUACACAGUCAAGAAGGCCCCGGAUGCCGAGGAGCUGGAUGACGUGGCGAGGAGCGCAGUGAAAGCCCUGGCUUCCCACUCGGGCACUAAGUACCAAGUAGGACCGACUUGCACCACUGUCUAUCUAUACUCGUCCCAGCCACAUCCAUUGUCUAGUCCGUCCGUCCCACAUUGAUCUGCUGUACCAUGUCCACAAAGAUGAAGUUUCCAAAUGUCCCAGAAAGAUAAUGAAAUAAGAAUACAACAAAAUGGUUUCAAGUCUGAGAGGACGGCAUGAAAUGGCCUAAUAUCAUCUAAUCAAAAGCUCCAGAUGGAGGUAAUGGAGACUGGAAAGGAGACAACGUUUGAAAAACACAAUGGCUGAGAAAAUUUGAAAAUAGUACUAAUAUCCAAAUGUAGGAAACUAAAUGAAUCUCGAACAGAACGGAACAAAGCAGCCUGCACUUAGGCAUAUUAUGAUUUCUGAGGUGUAAAUAAAUGAUAACAAAACUGUAGAACAUGAAAAGCAAAGAGACCUUCAAAGCAACCAGAAAUGAGCAAAAACCCACCAAGGAACUUGGAGUAGACAGACCAACUGAUUAAACAGCACAGUGGAAGCCAGAACACCGCGGGGUACAUUUUCAGUGUGUCGAGACCAGACAACAAUCACGUGGAAUUUAUACCCAUUAAAACUCCUCCAAGAAUGAGCAGAACAAAGGCUUCUCCAAGAAAUCAAAAUGACAAGAAAAUUUUCAAGAGACUCCAAGCAAAUGGAAAAAUCACCCUAGAUAAGAGUACACUUUCUGUGAGGAAAAGCCAGAGCUCUGAGAACCCAGGGAAGGCUUGCUCGGCUCUCAGUUGUCUAGCUGGUUUUUUAGGACUGUAUGGAUCUGCAAAUACUUUUAUGGCACCCCAUGAUGCACUUAGAAAGAUGCUGUUGAAAAUAUUGUGCCCUGCAUCCUACUUGCUCUUUCUGAGCAGGAUUGUUUGGGUGUUUAACCCUGCCCACUUGCAGGAAGUAAAAGUCCUUCGACAAACUUAUUUAAGGACAUUUCCAGCCCUUCGGAGCUUCUCCCCAGGUGGCACAGGCAGAGUCGCCUGCCCUGGGCUCUGCAUUACCAGCUUACCCGUCAGAAAUAACAAGGGCCAGGACGAGGUUGCUCUGUUUUCCUUCCGGAUCUCUACCAAGGGUUUGGCACACAGUAGGUGUUCCAGUAGACUGCUUAUUGAGUAAAUGAUGAAGGAACCGUUAAUGAGGAGUGAGAAGCCAGUAUGAAGUCUUUUGUGAACCAUAUAUACGUGUUUCUGCUUCAGUUUUUCCAUUGGCUGUGGUACUACGAGGGUGGAUAAAUUCCCACUGAACCCUGCUGUCUGAGACUGUAGGCAUUCCCUAAGUGGGGCUAUUUAAAUUAGUGAAAAUGAAACACAAUAAAAAAUUUCUCAGGCACGUCAAGGGGCCAGUUGACUGUCUCCCGAUGAUGUGGAGGUAGAACAUUCCCAUUAUCGUAGAAAGUUCUAUUGGAAGUGCUGCCAUAGAAUUCUCCAGAAUUCCCAAGCGCUUCUCUUUCUCUCCUUACCCUUGUUCUCACUCUAAUUCUCUCUCUCUCUCUCUCUCUUUCCAGCUCUCUCCCAUUCCUAAACCAAGUGCAGGGAUAUUUGUCUCAUUGUUAGUGGCUUAAAAUGAUGCUUUUGAACAAGAAGAUGCUGGGUGCUCUCGGUGACUAGUACCAUUCCCACUUUUUUCUUUUGAAUUUCUGAGCUAUUAUUUACCAGCUCAUUCUUUUAUUCCCAUGGCUACUAAAGCAGUACAAUUGCUUUC